UAUGGAAUAAAUUGCUUAUUUUUAUUAUUAUUUAUAAGACUUUAUUGCACUCCACACAAUACAAUAGAUUUAAAAUAUUAACAAAAUGUACAAUAUAGGUUAUAUUAAUUCUUGUAUUCCUUUGGGCAUGGAAACUGCGCUUUGCUUUCGCUUACUUUCGCUUUCCUAUCAAGAUUCACUAAAAGGCAAUAAUCUUUGAGACGGCGCGCAUUGUGAGGAGGUUCUUCUCUCUGGAGCCCUGACCGCCCGGUUGCUUGAGCACCUCAAAUGUUUAAAAAAGGGUUUAAAAUAGUAUUGUACUAAUAAAUAUUAUAAACAAGAGUUUAAUUUGUAACGCUCUCACGCAUUAACUACUCAAUCUCCAGUUGAAUUGAUUUAUUUAUGUAUCUAUCUUGUUUAAUUUUAGGUACACCCGGUACAACCAAGAAAGCGGUAAAGAGGAGACGGUAUUUGUCGGACAUCCAGAAGAACCAGCACAACCUCAGAACGAUAUUACUCUACUCGAACGCUAACUUGAUCAAGAAAUACGAUGCCAGUGGAUUCGGAUGCCAAUUUUGUACGCAACAGUUUUCGGAACCGAAGCUUUUGAAAGAACAUUUUUUAAGAGAACACAAACUUCAGCAACUUGUCAAAGGUAUUACCUGCAAACUGUUCAACUUCUUCGUCAAACUGGAUAUAACAGAUUUGAAAUGCACUCUUUGUGACCAAAGACAAAGUAAACUCGAUCAUUUUAUCUACCACAUUAAGGCACAACAUGACAUCGACGUCUACAAACGAUUGAAGAGCUCGAUCGUACCUUUUAAAUUUGACACGGAGAAGCUGACAUGCGUCGAAUGCGGUAAGGAGUACUUGACUUUCAAACAUCUAAUGACACACAUGAACGAACAUUUUAAGAACCACAUUUGUCCCACGUGUGGUAAAGGAUUCGUAACGAGCGACCAAUUCAAAGUCCACGUUUGGCGACACAAGUCUGCAAAAAUGAAAUGCAAGUAUUGCGACAAAUCCUUCGCCAACCAAGACAGGUUGACAAACCAUCAGAGAAGGGUUCACCUGGGUGACAAGAAAAGGAACAAAUGCAAUUUCUGCGGCAAAAAAUUCGCGGAUUACGUACACAAAACCGAUCACAUGGUUAAAGUUCAUGGAGCGAACGAGGUUUUCGCUGUGUGCGAUAUAUGUGACAAACGUUUCAAAGACCACAGACGGCUAAACGUGCAUAUAAGGAAAGAUCAUUUGUUGGAGAAGAAAUAUGAGUGUGAAGUUUGCGCUGCUGAUUUCUUCAGCGCCUCAGAUAGGAAGAGGCACAUGGUGACACACACCGGCGAGAAGAAGUACCAAUGCGACAUUUGCAAGAAGUCUUACGGCACGAAGAACACGCUGCGGGAACAUAUGCGCGGUCAUCUAAACGACCGCCGUUACAAGUGCGAAUUGUGUGGGAAGGGAUUCGUACACAACUGUACGCUACGGAGUCACAUGAAAUUGAUACAUUUUAAGGAUAAUGUUCACGCGAAACCGGAUUUCGCUUUGUGCCAUAUAUGUGACAAACGUUUCAAAGACGAGGGACUGUUGAAUGUGCAUGUAAAGAAAGCUCAUUUGUUGGAGAAGAAGUACGAAUGUUCAGUAUGCGGUACAGAUUUCUUCAGCACCUUAGAUCUGAGGAGACACAAGGUGACACACGCCGGCGUGAGGUUCGAAUGCGACAUUUGCAAGAAGUCGUACGUCAGGAAAUACACGCUGGUGGAACAUAUGCGUAAACAUCUGGACGACCUUCAGUAAAAGUGCGAACUGUGUGGGAAAGGAGACUUACAGAGUUUAUAGCUAUUAGUUAUUUAAUCAUUUAGUUUUAGUCAAAGGAGAUGGUCCAUUUCAGGUCCAUUC